AUGUCGAAGAGUGAAGUUAGACCUGAGUCCGAUGACGAGUGGCUUGUCGAGCUGCUGAGUAGUCAUGCCGGUAGCAGUUCCAGGGCGGCAGAAGCGGCAGAAAGCUCCAUGGAUGUAGAAGGCGAUACCUUGCAGCAGCUGUUGACGAGUGAUGGGUCUGGGUCACAUGAUGGAUGGGAUGAGCCUUCUUUGUCAAGCCUGCUGGCCAAGCAUUCAGAGUUUUGUAAAGGGGGACCAUGUGUUGCAACGGCAGCGAGCCGAUGCGAAAAUCCUGUGAGCUUUUCGGGUGCCUUUGUCAUGGUGGAUGGUCGUCGCGAGCAGCUGGUCAGUGCAAACUACUACAAGACACUCAUUCCUGUCGCACUGCAGAACCUGCCACGACUUCAGUCGGUUAUGCGAACCGUGCUUGCAGAUCCUCAGAUACAUGUGGAUUUUUUGACAUGUCAGCUGGCAUCCAAAAUUCUGGAACACGCCUACACCCGGAUCCGCCAUCUCAUUUCUACUUCCGUGAAGUUUAAGAUCGGACAGACAGCAGACCCCUCCCAUCGCUGGAGACGUGCUGCCCAUUCUUACCUGCUCGAGAAGCCGAGAGUAUUCCGGAGCAUGAAGCUGCUUGCGAUUUUCGAGCAUGGGGAGGCUGCUGCAAUGCUCGAGGCGGCACUCAUUGCUACGUUUAUUUCUCACGAAGCUUGUUUGAAUGUGGUCCUGGGAGGAGAGUCUAUCUCCAAGAUAGAUGGACCCUUUUUUGUGUACGCCGACGACGAGAAGGAGGACGAUGGCAAGAAGGCGAAGGCCGAGGUGCCAGCAGUGAAGAAAGCCAAAACGGCCGACGACCACACGCAGCCGAAACCCAAGGAGACCGACGACAAGAAGCAGCCGAAACCCAAGGAGACCGACGACAAGAAGCAGACGAAACCCAAGGAGACCGACGUGGAGAAGCAGGCCAAACCCAACAAGGCCGACGAGGAGAACCAGCCGAAACCCGAGGAGGCCGACGAGGAGAAGCAGACGAAACCCAAGGAGGCCGACGACAAGAAGAAGGGCAAGAGACGGCCUCAGACGACGAAGCAAGACGACGAAAGGGAGAAGAAAAAGAAAAAGAAGGCCGACGACAAAAAGCAGGCGAAACCCAAGGAGACCGACGACAAGAAGCAGACGAAACCCGAGGAGACCGACGACAAGAAGCAGGCGAAACCCGAGGAGACCGACGACAAGAAGCAGGCGAAACCCGAGGAGACCGACGACAAGAAGCAGACGAAACCCAAGAAGGCCGACGACAAGAAGCAGGCUGAUGUGACGUGGUGCAACCUGCACGAGAAGGCCGUGUGCGAUGGCGAGUUCAGUUCCGAGCCCUUUGUGAAAGACGACGAGGUCUAUGUGUCCUUUGAGUCUGGCCUGGAGUGGCGGGUGCCGCAUUUGGUGCCCGAUGACUUGAAAGGCGGGCAAAAAGCUUUGCCUAUGCUCGGAAAAGCCCAGCAGCCGAAGCGGAAGCCCAAACCCAAAGCCUCUCCGAAACCAGUGCCUGAUUUUGAUCUAGGCUGCUGCAGGAUAAAAUACUGUACGCAGGGCACCAAAAUGCCAAUCUUGAAGUUCGAGGUGCGAGCUGACAGGACUGGGCCGUGUUCGCUCUUCAAGCAAAAGAUGCAAGUGGUAGUGAAGGAAGGUGGCUUCACGGCGGAGCAGGGGAUGAACUUCCUCAAAAGCUUCGCCUUUGCUUACGAUGGCAUGAACAUGAACCCCGACGAGAUAGAUUUCAGGGUUUGCAAGCAAUCGUUGCUUGACUACGGGUCCAAGAACGGAGUUGAUUGGAGCAAGCAUCUGAGCUGGAAGUUCAUCAACAAGCUAAAGCU